ACUCCCUGACAGCCGGAAAUGGCGCCGCCAUGUGUUGGUUGGCGGAUUGGAUUUACUUCCGGUGUGACGUCACGUGCUGACAGCUGUAAUGGCGGCGCCCAGAGCGGUCACCUGAGAGACGGAAACCCCGGGCAGCAGCAUGGAGGGGGAGCAAUUGCGCAAUCUGCGCGAUUUCCUGCUAGUGUACAACAAGAUGACCGAGCUCUGCUUCAGCCGCUGCGCCAAGAACCUCAACUACCGAUCCCUUACCAUGGACGAGGAGCAGUGUCUGGAUAGCUGUGCGUCCAAGUUCAUCCGCUCUAACCACCGUCUGAUGGGGGCAUAUGUGGGACUAAUGCCAGCGGUUGUGCAACGCAGGAUGGCAGAUUAUGAAAGUCUCAACAAGGAGGUCUCAAUUAAUGCCAUGCCAAACACCGAGACGUCAUUAGAGGUCAGCCCUGAGAGCAGCACGGCCCUCCCGGAUGGUGGGAGUAACACAGACGUGUCUUCUGCGGAGUCCAUUCAGUCACCACAAUAAAGGUGUACAGCAGCACUGCCCGUGUGUCACUGUACAGCACCACAGUUACUACCAUUGUGUGCCGACACGUCGGCUUCAUCUGCUGACGUCACCAGAGUGUGGGUUGACGCUUCCAGUAUUACAUCUUCAGGGGAAGACUCCUUGGUUAGAGCUGGAGAGUGAGAUGAGCCCCACCCGCCACAGGAGCGUACGGAGCAGACCACUGUGUUCUAGAGACUCUGUUAUGGGGCGAUAGGGGAGGUAAAGCUGUGUUAUAAGAAGGUUUACUCCGAUAGGGUCACGUAAGGGGGUGAUUAAUGAUCCAAUCAGCUGUAAAUUCAGGGACAAUGUCAGUAACGUUUUACAGCAGCUACAAGAGUGAUCAGGGUAAUUAAUGAUCACCAUGAAUCUUGGCUCAGGCUUUUCUGUCCAGACUUCUGUUACGUAAAGGAUUUCAAAUAAAAAUUAAAAAAAAUGU